GAGAGCUGUGCAGCAGUGUCUGUCGCCAGGCUCCCCCAAACCUGCAAACUAGACAUUCACUAACCAGGUCCCUCUGUGCAAGCCUGUUUGACCCAGGCUUCUGCCAGUGAAGAACUCCUGACAAAUGCCCCGAAGUUAGCCUCUCUGUAAAGUCAGAGGCUGGUCCAAAGCUGCCUUCUCACCGCGGAGUCCUGCGCUAUCCGGUUCUGAACUCGGGGCUACUGGACAGCAGCAACAGUCCGGUGACACCAAGGGCCCGGGCUUCCGAGCUUCCAACUCUGCGUGCUGGCCGCGUGGCCGGUUCUGAUGCCGCUGGAGGCAGAGCAGCGGAUGUGAAUCAGUCUGGCUUGGCAAGCAAACAAAAGACAGUCGGGAAAGUCGCCGCAAGGACUUAGAUUUUUUUUGUGUGUGUGGGGUGAGGUGGGGUGGGGUGGGGAGCGGGAAGGCGUCUGCACCACCCACCAGUGCUGUACAACCGGCCAGGGCCCUCAACACCUGCGAGUGAGAAGUCCAACCCCGUGGCCCACAAUGCCUCGCGCCCAGGCCGGUCCCGCCCCCUUCAGCUGGGUCCUCAGCCUCGGAUUGGUCGCGACGACUUCCGCUCUUCCGGAGGCCGGGUCGUAGCCCUGGUAAGGUGAACAGCGGCUGGAACUGCUGGCGGCCCGCGGGGUCCGGGAGUUAGGUUCGGGGCUCUCGGGGGAGCGAGGGAUGUUAGGGCAGGCGGCCGGUGCGCACACGGAGGCGGCGGAGCUCCUGCCCUUCCUGGCGCCCGGCGCGCGGGCAGACCUGCAGGCGGCCGCGGCGCAGCACGUGUUGGCUCUGACUGGCUCGGGCUCGGGCCGUACGCUGUUGGCGGGACAGGCAGCGCUGCUGCGGGCUGUAGCCGAGCUUGCGGUGGCCCCCGCCCCAGCCCCUUCCCGCGACGCCUCCCGCGCGCUCGUGAACUUGGCUGCUGACCCCGGCCUGCACCGGCAGCUGCUGGCGGCGGACCCGGAGCUGCCUGCCCGCCUGCUGAGCUGCGUGUUGGACCCUCAGUGGCCCUGGGCUGAAGAGGUGGCCGCAGUGCUGGCCAAUCUGACCCGCGAGCUGGCGCCGUGUGCUGCGUUGAUGGAGAAGCUGAUGGCCGCUGAGCCGGAGCGGCCGGGUCUGGAGCAGCUGGUCAACGCGCUGUGCAUGCCCAGCUACAACGCGGCCGCGCCCCUGCAUUACCUGGGGCCGCUGCUCUCCAACCUUAGCCAGCAGGCGGAGGUGCGUGCUUUUCUCCUGGACCCGGACAGGUGCGUGGUCCAGCGGCUGCUGCCUCUUACCCAGUACACAGACUCCUCAGUGCGGAGGGGAGGAGUGGUGGGAACACUUCGGAAUUGCUGUUUCGAGCAUCGACACCACAAGUGGUUGCUCGGGCCCCAAGUCGACAUUCUCCCCUUCUUGCUACUGCCCUUGGCUGGGCCUGAGGAGUUUUCUGAGGAAGAAAUGGACAGGCUGCCUGUUGACCUGCAGUACUUGUCGCCAGACAAGCAGCGAGAGCCGGAUGCUGACAUCCGAAAGAUGCUCAUCGAAGCCAUCAUGCUGCUGACAGCCACCGCACCUGGUCGGCAGCAGAUACGGGACCAGGGUGCUUACCUGAUCCUUCGAGAGCUACACAACUGGGAGCCGGAGGCUGAUGUGCGAAUGGCUUGUGAGAAGCUUAUCCAGGUGCUUAUUGGUGAUGAGCCAGAGGUUGGCAUGGAGAACCUGCUGGAGGUGCAGGUGCCUGAAGACGUGGAGCAACAGCUGCAACAGCUGGACCGGCAGGAACAGCUAGAGCUUGCUCGAGAGCCGAGAGGCAAGGGUACCCGAGGGACCUGAAGCUCCUUUGACCUAAGUGCCAGCUCCAGAUCUACCUUUGCCAGUGUUCCCACAGGGUUCUAAAGUGAAUGCCCAGUAAACGUUGAGAAGCUCAAGGACACUGCCCAGUCCUGUGCCCCGUUGCGACCCGCAAGGAUGCAAGUUAUUCAGUGCUGCACUACUGAGCUGGAGCUGGCCAGGUCCUGUGCCAUAGCCGCCUACAUCUGAGGCAGGAAGGUGGCGGCCACUGGAGCGAUGAGGAGCCCAUUCCUAGACCGUGGUAGGGCUGGACCGAAAACACUGCAAGCCCUGGUUGGCCAACAAGAGCUUUUCUCUCCUGAAGGAUCUGGCUUGGUUUGGAGGUGCAAACAGUGCUAUGAGCCCCAACCUUUGGAGUCCUUCUGCUUUCCUUGCCCAAGACCUCCUUGAAACACAGACCACACUUGAAUCCUAGGGUCUUUCUAGGAUGCUCUGCCCUUCUAGGCCUGUCUCUGGAUCACUUACUGGGUACAGUUUCCCUUCGCUACCUGUUUCUCUGCUCCGCCUGUGAUACUGGCCCCUGGCUUUAUUUUUGGUUAGCCUCCUUAGUCCCAUGUUGAAUUGGUCUUAGCCAUUUAGAUAGAACCUGCUUCUCAGUUAGCUUCCUUGAGUCUCAGUUGCCUUUCAGGACAUCCAGACCCUCCUACUGGGCACCCCUUGCCUACCUGUGCAGGGAUUCUCCUGGGUGUUCGUUCCUGCAGCAUCUAUCCCUACACAAUCCUACCCCCAACUUCAGAGCCCACCCCGUCUGUA